CGAAAGGGUAGAGAAGACAAGAUGGAGGAUUGAGUGGGUUGCACUGUGGACCAACGGUUGCGACCCUUGAGUUAGCCCGCUAGAUAUUAAGGACUGAAAUAUUCGGAUAGAACAACACUAUCAUCCGAAGCGUGACUAUUUGAGUGUUUUUUUUAAGCCUCAGUGUGUGGAGGUCGUUUUUUUUUCCUCUUUAGCGACGGUCCUUGCGACAUCGCUAGCUUUUAGCCGCUCGUCUUUACUAGCUGCUUUUUCGAGUUAGCUGUGACUGGCUGCUCGUACAAGGCCGUGCGAUCUUUCAGAGUUACAUCGAUUUACACGUUGUGACUACCGCGUCAUACAGUGUUUCCUAAAGGAAUUCGUAUUUUAACGAAGAUCUUUUGUGGAUGGUACCAUUAUGGUUUUCUUGUAAUUUGCGCAAGAGCUGGUUCCCAAAUUUUAGCUACCAUUCGUCCAUGUUCGCCAACGGAAUAAGGAUUACAUUUAUGUUUCGCCGACUAUUUGGUUAGAACGCAAAAAACAAUUUCCUGAAGUUAACCGAGUGCCGAUCGUCAUUUGGUGGAUAUUAUGGCGAGCAGCAGUGGCUCCAAAGCCGAAUUUAUUGUCGGUGGGAAAUACAAGCUUGUGCGGAAAAUUGGAUCUGGGUCUUUCGGCGACAUAUAUUUGGCCAUCAACGUCACAAAUGGAGAGGAGGUAGCGGUAAAAUUGGAGUCACAGAAAGCCAGGCAUCCACAGUUAUUAUACGAAAGUAAGCUGUACAAGAUCCUACAAGGUGGUGUCGGGAUUCCACACAUACGAUGGUAUGGGCAAGAGAAGGACUACAAUGUCCUAGUCAUGGACUUGCUUGGUCCCAGCCUUGAGGACCUGUUCAACUUCUGCUCUCGACGCUUCACCAUGAAAACAGUCCUUAUGCUUGCAGACCAGAUGAUCAGCAGAAUUGAAUAUGUACACACAAAGAAUUUCAUCCACAGAGAUAUCAAACCAGACAACUUUCUCAUGGGCAUCGGCCGACAUUGUAACAAGUGUUUAGACUCAUCAGUGGGGAAGAGGAAAAGAAGCUUGGCGGUUAGCUCUUCUCAGGACCCAUCUUUCUCAGGAUUAAACCAGUUGUUCCUUAUUGACUUUGGAUUGGCAAAGAAGUACAGAGACAACCGUUCACGACAGCACAUCCCCUACAGAGAAGACAAGAACCUGACUGGCACAGCACGUUAUGCCUCCAUCAAUGCACACCUGGGCAUUGAACAAAGUCGCCGUGAUGACAUGGAGUCACUGGGGUAUGUACUGAUGUACUUCAACAGAACCUGUUUACCAUGGCAAGGACUGAAGGCUGCCACAAAGAAGCAGAAGUAUGAGAAAAUCUCAGAAAAGAAGAUGUCUACCCCGGUGGAGAUCCUCUGUAAGGCUUUUCCAGCUGAAUUUUCCAUGUACCUGAACUAUUGCCGUGGCCUACGCUUUGAAGAGGCCCCAGACUACAUGUAUCUGCGCCAACUAUUCCGCAUCCUCUUCAGGACUUUGAACCACCAAUAUGACUACACAUUUGACUGGACCAUGCUGAAACAGAAAGCAGCGCAGCAGGGGGCCUCCUCUGGGGGCCAAGGCCAACAGGCGCAAACCCCCACAGGCAAGCAAACUGACAAACCCAAGCCUAACAUGAAAGGUUUCUGAGUAGUCUCGCUUCCCAGAGAGGAGCUGCAGAAAUGCUGGCGAGCAGGACAAACAAGGCUCGCUUUAUCGGACAAGCGACAAAGAAAGUCUGUGUCCCCCUUCCAUCUGUCUAUGUAAUGGAAAUAUAUAGAUCUACACACGUGUAUCUGCUGUGUCAUCUAUAUAUUUAUGUGUAUAUAAUGAAAUUCUCCACUCUGAAAGAAAAGAAACAAUGGAAUUGAAGGUGCUUGGAUGUGGAGGCUGUAGUUCCUUGCCCUACCUAACCUUGACCCAACAUACCUUCUCAACUAUCCCUGUCCGUCUUCCUUUUCAUUGUUGACUUUUUGUAAGGUUUCGUUGGAAACAGUUUAAAACAUUAGUCAGCUCUUGUUUUUCCUCACUGUGGGAACAUCUGAAAGCAUCUCUUCCCUUCACUACCUAAUUAUUUCAUUCACUGCUUUUAUCAAGCAAAUGUUUAAACAUGUAACCCUGAAAACUCUUCUCCUUUUUUGUUUCUGAAGAGCUGAAUAAGAAAACCCUUGAACCCUUAUUUACUGAAAGAUGAACUGUUGGAUUUUUUUGUUCUGUUUUUUCCUAUGGUGGUUACGAGAUUGCCUGUUCGCGUUAUAAGCAGCUGAUGGCAACAGUCUGUUGUAGAUUGAUUCUCUGGCUCGCUCCCUCUCUUUAGAGCUAUGACUUAAUUAAAUCUGUUGUAAAACAAUGGUCUUCUCCAGAACUACCAAUAAAAACAUUACACAACUGA